UGUGUAAAAUAUAAAGGAAACACACAAUGAAAAAGCAAGUUUAAAAUAAUUGUAUAUGUCCCCACAGAACAAUAAGAAAAGCAGUUUCUUGUAUAAACUAAGCUUUACUAAACACUAGUUAAAAAUAUCGCCAAGAAUCAAAUCUGGUGUAUAGAAAACGCAAAGGACCAAAAACAAAAGAGUUGAAGUUGCUUGCAAGAGCUGAUUUGUCCAAAAGUAACAGGAAUUGAAAAUGGCAGAAACUACAGUGUCAUUUGUUUUAGAGCAGCUCUACAAACUUGCAUUAGAAGAAGGAACUUUGCUGACAGGAGUGCACAAAGACUUUGAUGACAUCAAAGAUGAGCUUGAGAGCAUCCAUGCCUUCCUCAAGGAUGCAGAUGCAAAGGCUUCUGAUGAUGGUGGAGGAGGAGGAGGAGGAGGAGGGUCUAAUGAAGGAGUCAAAACUUGGGUGAAGCAGCUGAGAGAAGUAUCUUUUCGCAUAGAAGAUAUCAUUGAUUACUAUAGCAUGUAUUUGGCACAAAGGGUCGAACAUUCGGGUUCUGGAUGCAUGGUCUCGCUCAAAAUGGUGAGGCGAAGACAUCGAAUUGCUUCUGAGAUGAAAGAUAUCAAGUUAUCAAUUGGUGGAAUCAAAGAAAGAAGUGUGAGGUAUGAGUUUAAGGCUGAAAGCGGAGCAGGAUGCUCUAGAGGGACUACUCAAAGUGAAAGUUUUGGUGAUCCUCGAAUGGCUUCGCUUUAUAUUGAAGAGACUCAAGUUGUUGGGUUUGAGUCAUCAAGAGAUGAAUUGGUGAGAUGUUUGGUGGAAGGAACCAAUGAACUCGUGUUGGUUUCGGUGGUUGGCAUGGGAGGACUCGGAAAAACAACUCUUUCUAACUAUGUUUUUAAUAACCAGCUCGUAAAAAAACACUUUGAUUGUAGAUCUUUCAUCACAGUUUCUCAAGCUUAUACUGUAAGGGAGUUGUUGAUUGAUAUGGUAGAGAAAUUUUGUAAGGACAGCAAUGAGUCUAUUCCAAAGGGUCUGCAGAAGAUGGAUGGCAACACAUUGAUUUAUCAAGUAAGGCAAUACCUUGAAGCAAAACGGUACUUAGUAUUUUUCGAUGAUGUUUGGAAAGAAAAUUUUUCUGAUGAGAUUGAACAUGCCUUAAUUAGUAAUAACAAAGGAAGUAGAAUCAUUGUGACCACUAGAAUGAUGCAUGUUGCUGAAUAUUUUAAGAAAUCUUUUCCUGUUCAUGUUCACAAGCUACAACCUUUGUCUCCAAACAAAGCAUGGGAACUGUUUUGCAACAAGGCAUUUAGAGGGCAGUGUCCAACAGAACUUGAGGAUGUAUCGAAAGAAAUUGUUCAAAAAUGUGGAGGGCUACCUCUAGCAAUUGUGGCCAUCGGCGGUCUUUUGUCAACAAAAGCCAAAACCAUUUUUGAGUGGGAAAAGGUGAGUCGAAAUUUGAGAAUGGAGUUAGAUCGCAACGUGCAUUUAACUAGUCUAGUCAAGAUUUUAUCGCUUAGUUAUGAUGACUUGCCUUACCAUUUGAAAUCAUGCAUGCUAUAUUUUGGUAUAUAUCCUGAGGACUACGUCAUCAAACGCAAAAGACUUACUCGACAAUGGAUGGCUGAAGGGUUUGUAAAGGAUGAGGAGAAUAGGCCAUUGGAGGAAGUUGCUGAAGAGCACAUGACACAGUUGAUACAUAGAAGUUUGGUUCAAGUUUCCAAAGUUGGUUUUGAUGGGAAAGUGAAAAGUUGUCAAGUCCAUGAUUUGUUGCGCGAAGUGGUUAUCAGAAAAAUGAAAGAUUUAAGCUUUUGCCAUAUAAUGCAAGAAGAUGCUGACCAUGUCACAGUUGGAAUAACUAGGCGCUUUUCGAUAGCAGCUAAUGCUAACAAUGUGUUGAGAAGCUCUAGUAACAAGGGAAUUCGCGCUAUUUUUGUUUUUGACAAAGGAGAACUGAAUGAACAUUGCACGAGCCGAGCAUUUUCCAAGUUCAAGCUUUUGAAAGUACUUGAUUUUGAGAAAUCUCUGUUGAAUUAUGUUCCUGAUAACUUGGGGAGCCUUUUCCACCUAAGGUACUUGAACCUGAGUCAUACAAAAGUUACAGUUCUUCCUAGAUCCAUCGGAAAACUCGUGAACUUAGAAACCUUGGAUUUGAGGCAAACUCAAGUGCAUGAGUUACCAAAAGAGAUAAACAAGCUCACAAAGCUAAGGCUUCUUCCGGCUUAUUAUAGAAAAUACGAAGGGCAUUAUUCUAUGUUGAACUUUACAACGGGUGUGCGAAUGCAAGAGGGUAUCGGGUGCUUGACAUCUUUACAAAAACUAUACUUUUUGGAAGCAGAUCAUGGUGGAAUAGGCCUUAUCCAAGAGCUCAAAAAGUUGAGACAGUUACGAAAGUUAGGCAUAAGGCGUGUCCGGGGAGAAUAUGAUAAUGCAUUAUGCGCUACAAUACAAGAGAUGAAGCACCUUGAAUCUCUAAAUAUUUCUGCUAUAAAUGAAGAGGAAAUUCUCGACUUGGAUUUUGUAUGGACUCCACCUAAUCUUAAAGUGCUCAACUUGAAAGGUAGAUUAACAAACUUGCCUAAUUGGAUUCCAAAACUCAAGUACCUUGUGAAGCUAAGGCUUGGUUUAUCUAACUUUGAACAUGAUCCACUAGACUCUUUGAAGAAUUUGCCAAAUUUGUUGAGGUUGAAUUUGUGGGAUGAUGCAUUUGCCGGUGAAAAUUUGCAUUUUAAAGUUGGAGGGUUUCCUAAGAUGAAGGAGCUUGAUCUCACUAGAUUGAAUAAACUAAGUUCCAUCACUAUAGAAAAGGGAGCUUUACUCGGUCUUCAUCAUUUCAGAUUUAACAACAACCCUCAAUUGAAGGUGGUUCCGCAAGAUCUUCAAUACUUGGAAAACCUUCAAUUCCUUGGAUUUGCUGAUAUGCCAUCUGAAUUGGUUGAAAGCAUUGAUCCAAACAAAAAGGGUGAUUGUCAUUGGAUAAUCAAGCAUGUUCCGCUAGUACUCAUUCGGCAGAAAAAAGGAUCAAGAUUUCAUGACUAUGAGUUGUAUCCUAUUCCUACUAUAUCUAUUGUCUGAACUAUCAAGGUACUACUUCCUCUUACAGUGUAAUGCUUCUCUUGUUAAUGCUUUUCUAAUUGAAGACAUCUACUACAUAAUCAAGGAAUGCGUACUCUAAUGAACUGACA